CACGCAAGACGCUUUAGCGAAACUGGUGGAAAUUAUUUAGAAAUUAAAACAAAUCAAUUAUUUUAUCGCACCGGGUGACUUUCAAGUACAACAAACACGAGCGGUACAUAGUUUGUGUGGGUGUGUUUACGUGAAAACGGUCCGCCAGGUCACGUGACCUGGAGCCAUCUGACUCGUGGCGAAUCGAUUAAUUUGAUUCUUUUUGGAAUUAGUGCCUCGACUCUGACAUAUCUAUAUUAAAAAACCCUGCAACACAGGGUGGUAUUAAUAGUGACUAAACAACAGCAACAAGCUGUUACUACUAAUCAUUGCUGCUCUAAGGGUUGACCUUUGCCACAGUUCCGUCUGCGUGCAGCGUUCAACUUAGUACGACUCACACGCGCAUUAAACAAGAUGUCAAGGAAAGUGAUUGAACUGUUCUACGACGUGGUUUCGCCGUAUUCCUGGUUGGGAUUUGAGGUGUUGUGUCGCUACAGAAAUGUGUGGAACAUGGAGCUCAAAUUACGCCCCGCCUUUCUGGGCGGAGUCAUGCAGGAAUCAGGUAACAGGCCACCUGCGAUGGUGCCAAAUAAAGGUCUGUACAUGGUGAAUGACCUGAACCGGCUGGCGUCUUUCAUGAACAUCCCUCUGCAUCACCCUUCCGACCCGUUUGAGGUCAUGUUUAGUAAAGGUUCUCUCCCUGCGAUGCGCUUUAUAACAGCCGUGGGGGAGAAAGAGAAAGGCAGCGAUCGUCUGGUGGAGAACGUUUCUAGAGAGGUGUGGAAGCGAAUCUGGAGCAAGGAUCAGGACAUCUGUGAGCCAGUGUCUCUCUCUGAGGCAGGACAGAAGGCUGGUUUGUCCUCCAGCGAAGUGGAAGAAGUACUCCAGCUGGCCAAAUCUCAGCCAAUCAAAGACAAACUGAAACAAACUACACAAGAAGCAAUUGAGUACAAGGCGUUCGGGUUUCCUCUCAUCGUCUGUCACGGCGACGGAAAACCUCAGGUGUUCUUUGGAUCAGACCGUUUCGAGCUCAUGGCUUUCUGCAUCGGAGAGAAGUGGCUUGGUCCACAACCCAGCAAGCCCACUGCACAUCUUUAAAAACACCCGGUUUCAAUAAAAUCUGUACUUACUCCUAA